GUAUUGCAAAACAAAUGUCAAGUAAUAAUAAUGGUCGUAUGCUGUCAGUAGUCAUAUUCUGGGAGGUAGAAUGGCGUGGUUUUUCAAGAGCAAAAGUGAACUUCCACCAGUAACCCACCUUCAGCAGAAGCGAACUCAACAAAUCGAUUCUCUAAAGACAUUUAAUCACAAUGUUGCAGAAAUAAAGCGGGAUGAAGAAUACAGAGUGUCGUUUACUAUCAGUGGACAUACAGUUGCACUUAAUAUAUCUCUUCCUCCACAGUUCCCUGAGGACAAACCAAUUGUGAAAGUGUCCCCUCCUCUAAGACAUAAAUGGGUCAACAAAAGCAUGUAUGUCACUGGCUGUAUAAGCUUAAAUAAUUUUGUAGUGAAUUCCGUGCUAGGUCGGGUCAUAAGAGAAAUAGUUACAGAAUUUGAGCAAUAUCCACCUGUAGUGUUUGCUGAAAGCAAUCAACAACCUAGUCAUUUGCCUGGUGGGUUACCGUAUCCCCAGAACAUGCAAAACUUCCCUCAGAACUUGUACGGACAACCGUCUACAGGGGCAGGGAAUGUAGGCAUGUUUCCAAUGCCCAGUGAUGGCCCCUCCCCCAUGUAUACGGUCUCGGUACCAAAUCAUACAACUUCAAGCACAAUAGGAAAUGGUAUUGCACUAGGCGCCCAGAAUUAUAUAGUGCCAAGCGAUUAUCCAGAAUUACAUAAUCUUUCAAUAGAAGAACUAAAGGUUUUAAUUGAGGAUGAAGAAAAAUUAUUAGAAAUGGUCAUAAACUCGGAGCAACUGAAGAAAUUAAAAGCUGAAAGGUCAAAAUUAAAUGAUACCUGUGAAGAGCUAGCAAAAACAAAUAUGAGUUACAAACCUGAAAUAGAAAUUAGAAAAAAGAAAUUGAAAGAUUCUUAUGACAAAAUGAUGGCAACCAGGAACAGUUUUGAAAGGAAAUGUUUACGUCAACAAAGUAUUAAUGAGCAAUAUUCGGCAGAAUCUAUUUUAUACAAUUUAAAAGUUUCAGCAGCUGAUGCCGACACAGAGUCUGAAGAUGUGGCACAGAGCUUCCUCGAUAAUAACCUAGAGACUGAUGAAUUCCUUAAGUCAUUUAUGGAUUCCAGAAUAAAAGCUCACAUGAGGAGAGUAAAAGAAGAGAAGUUACACCACAUGAUAACUCAACGAGGAGGUGGAACAUUUUGAUAACUGAACCAUAUAAUGGCUUGUUAGAUGAAUAGCGCCAUCUAUUCGUAUCACUCCACCAUUUUGUGAUGAGUGUCUGAUUCAAUCGUUGGUUCAUCAAGCUUACUUCAACCAUGCUGAUGAUCAUGAACUACCAAUAGAAAGACUUUGCUUAGAGUGAUCCACACAUUGAUUCUCACAGCCAAUGAUAGGAAUAGAGAGUUUGGAUUAGUUUUACAAGAGGCAUCUGGAUGAAUUAUUGGCUGGUGAUUUUGAGAUGGUAAUGCGAUUCUUAUGGUAGUAACAACUAUGUUGCUUGCCAUCCUAAAGCCCUGUCCAGACUAUCAAAAAUGUGACAUGCCUAAAUAUGGUCAGGAUGAGAUGACAUCAUGACCAUAUAUAGGCACAUCAUGACCAUAUAUAGGCACAUCAUGACCAUAUAUGGGCAUACAACAAAGCUUAAAACCAGCUUAUUCUCUACAUUAUAAGCUUUAAAAUGAUGGGUCAUAUACUGGAAUCGACUUAUUAUUUCCAACAUUAUGAGUAAAAGUAUUAAUGCUUUAAAAUGAUAGGUUGUUUACUGGAAUGGACUUACUAUUGCCAAAGUUAUGAGUAAAGUAUUACAGCUUCUCUGUGCUAAAGUAUACAAUACAGCCACAUUCUUAUGCUAAUUUCUCAGUUUAGCAUUUAGCGAUGUACAAUGGUUUUCGGAUGGUAAGCCUCAUAUAGAUACCUUUAUUGAUGUUUAUUGCACAGAAAUAAGAUUUUGGUGUUCCAUUCAAAAGAUCCAGGGUUUCUGUUAGUGUUCUUAUUGGGUGAGGUAGAAAGGUUUAUACUCUAAUCAUGUCGUUUUAUCAUUUAUCAUAUUUUACUUAAUGGGAGUGUAGGCUGUUUCUUACAACAAAAAUAUUUUUUCUAAGUGGCAAUAUACUGUAUUCACAAAACAUAAACAUAAUAAUUUACAUAAACCACAGGUGGGCAAAGUGUUGCCCGACUGCAAUUUGUUUGCGGCCCGCGAAAAUGAAUUAAAAACCUAUGUGUGCGGCCUGCCAAGCAACAUUGGCAAGAAAACACCUUGUUUUUUACGGCCUGACACCGAUCAUAUGUAUAAUAAAGUUGUGUAAAAGCAGAACUUGGAGGUUUUUGGAGGUCACUGGGAACAUCAAAAUUUGGGUGUGGCCCUCCGUGUUAAAUCAAAUGUUCACUUUGGUCCUCCGACUAAUGUUUAUGCCCACCCUGACUAACCCUGAUUAUGAGGCUUAGAGUGUUAAGUGGUUUUUGAUCAUGAGAAAAAAAAACCUGUAACCGUGACAAGAAUUGAACCGGGACCCUGGGAUUGGAAGGCAAGCACCUUAACCACCAUGCCAUUCAACCCCACUCAUAAAUAUAUGUAAUACCCAUGUCUGACAGAGUAGAUUGCCCAAAAUCAAAUCAAAUUACUACUCCACACAGCACACGGCUAAAACAAAAACAGUUAAAUAAUCAUGUCUCAUUUAUGAUGCCAGACCUUGGGAAAAACUCCUGGUAUGUAUAGGAUUCGAACCCUGGAACCUAGUACAGUAUACAGGAGGAAAUAUAUUAUGAAGGUGGGUUUCAUACCGAUUUAGUGACAAGAGGAAAAUUCAUACAAAUAUUGUAAACCCAUUACAUUUUAAGACUAAAUUUCACGAUUUGAUCUUUCAGAUUUCUACCAUCAUUAAUUUUCAUGAUCAGAGAGGCCUAGGGAAACUAACAUUUAGUUUGAUAUAAUAUGCAUUGCAUUGUAAAAGAUAGAUUCAAGCAUUUUUAAGCCUAUUGUUACAUGAAGAUGUUUGUAAUUUUAGGCUGAUUGCGCUAAGUAUACCAAAAUGGAAGAGUUGCUUUGAUUGCUUUUUAUGAUAAUUGAAUGUAAUCAGUUUGUAAUUGAGACCUUUGACACUCAUUCCAAAUGAAUAAUUUUUUUGUAGAAUUAAAUAUUAUGUGCUUGUUUACUAGUUAUUUCAGUCAUUAAAUUCAACCAUUUUUA